CUUCGCCUCACCCAUCCUCAUCAUCCUCCACCGACGACACCAGGACCAAAAAAAACUUAGACAGCCUCGACGCGUCCAGGUGUCGGGGACACGCGUCAGAGCGGUCGCGACAGCCGCCUCGGGACGUCAAUUGACGGGCUCCCCCCCUUUCCCCCCCCGUGCCUUUUCUGUCUGGCCCAAGCAAACCAGACGCCGCCGCCGCCGCAGUCAUGUUUUCCACGCCGCUGCUCCGCUGGGGAGCUCUCUUCUCCGUCGCCGCCGCCGUCGCCCUGGCCUUUGCCCUGCGCCUACAGCAGCAGCAGCAGCAGCAAGUGCAGUUUCCCUUUGCCGACGUUCCGUCAUCGACGCCCUACUCCCCCUCCUCCGACAGCAGCGGCCCAGCCCGCACCUACUGCUACGGCAGCGUACGGACCCAGGACGACGCCCAGCCCGCGGCGCGCUGCUUCUCCGUGCGCGACGGCCGCUUCACGCGCGUCUAUGCCGAUGACAAGAUCCUCGAAGCCGAGUCCGAGUCCGGGACUGGGUCCGAGGCCGGAGCCGGAGCCGGAGCUGGGCCCGAGCCGCCAGCACGCGUCACCGUCGUCGCCGCCGACGGGCACGUCAUCCCCGGCCUGUGGGACGGCCACGGCCACCUGCUGCAGUACGGACAGCUCCUGCACUCGGUCGACCUCUUCGGGUCCGCGUCGCUCGACGAAGCGCGCGACCGCAUCGCCGCCUACCGCGCCGCAAACCCGGGCGCCGGCACCAGGGACAGCUGGAUCCGCGGCGUCGGCUGGGACCAGGCUGUCUUUGGGCACAUGCCCACCGCGCAAGACAUUGAGCACGAUGCUCGCCUCGCAGGCGCCUACAUGAUGCUCGACCGCAUCGACGUGCACUGCGUCUGGGUCUCCCAGGCCGUCCUCGACCUGCUGCCCGCCGACGUCCCCGACGUGCCCGGCGGCGAGGUCAUCCGCGACCCGGGCAUGGGCGUCUUCUGCGACAACGCCAUGGACCAGAUCCUCGCGCUUUGGCCCGAGCCGUCCCUCGAGAGCAAGGUCCGCGCCGUCAAGACCGCCCUGCGCCGCCUCAACGCCGUCGGCCUCGUCGGCGUGCACGACGCCAGCUCCACCCCGGCCGACCACCGCAUGUACGCCGCCAUGGCCGACGACGACGACGACGACGACGACGAUGGCUCGUGGACCGUCCGCGUCUACGCCAUGCUCGAGUGCCCCGAGAGGAGAAACUCCUUUUGCGUCGAGCACGCCGCCCGCGUCGAGCGCCCCGACCACAUGUUCGCCGUCCGCAGCGUCAAGCUCUUCGCCGACGGCGCCCUCGGCAGCUGGGGCAGCGCCAUGCUCGAGCCCUACGCCGACCACCCCUGGAGCUCCGGCUCGCUCCUCAUCAACGCCUCCGACCUCGUCGCCGUGACCGGGGCCUGGGCCGCCGCCGGCUUCCAGGUCAACAUCCACGCCAUCGGCGACCUUGCCAACCGCAACGCCAUCGCCGCCUUUGAGGCCGCCCUCCGUCAGCAGUGCCCGGACGACGGCGGCGAGGACGAGGACGAGGACGGGGACGGGGACGGGGACGAAAACAACAACGCUGAUGGCGACCAGGACGCUGACGCUGACGCUGACGCUGAUGGCGCCCUCGCCCGCUGCCAGGCCCGCCAUCACCGCUUCCGCAUCGAGCACGCCCAAAUCAUCCACCCAGACGACCAGCGCCGCAUGCGCGCCCUCGGCAUCAUCCCCUCCAUCCAGCCCACCCACGCCACCUCGGACAUGAAGUACGCCCUCGCCCGCCUCGGCCACCUGCGCGCCGACACCGAGGCUUACCGCAUGCGCUCCCUGCUCGACGCUGGCCUCCCCCUCGUCCUCGGCAGCGACUUCCCCGUCGAGCCCCCCAACCCCUUCCACGGCAUCUAUGCCGCCGUCACCCGCAAGAGCCCCGCCACCGGCCGCGGCCUCGACGGUGCCCGCCACGGCUGGCACGCCGACCAGGCCCUCACCCUCGACGAAGCCCUCGCCGGCUUCACCACUGGCCCCGCCUACGGCGCCUUUCUCGACGGCAGGGCUGGCACCAUCCGCGAGGGCGCCUUUGCUGACUGGGUCGUCCUCGACGAGCCCCUCGACGGCCUCGACGUCGAGAAGCUGCGGACGCUCAAGGUUCGGGAGACAUGGGUCGCCGGCAGAAGGGUGUAUGCUCGCGAUGAGCGGUGAAUUAACCGAAGAAAACAAAUGGGCAUUGAGGAGGAGAGAGGAAAGGAAAAGAAAGAUGUCUUGGCAAGAGAACCAAUAGAUGAUAGACCAGAUGGCGUAGAGGUUCAAUGAUGUGGUCGACCGAUCUUAG